GCGCCGCGAUCACAGCAACGAGACAACCAAAAUAAAGUGAGCACAACAAACCCGUAGCGCAUGAUGGCGGCGUCGCUGCUGCGCCGGGACAAGAAAUCCACCGCCGCCCACCUGAAGGCUGACCUGAAGAGGACUGACAACAGCUCGGGGCUGCGGCAGCUGCAGGAGCUGCUAGAUAGCGUGCUGCACCCGGAGCGGGGCUCGGAGCCGGAGGCGCUGGAGUGGUGUAAAUGGCUGCUGGCUGGAGGCGACGGCUUCGACGAGUUCUGCCGGACCGUACGCUCCUACGAUAACGCCACCCUCUGCGGACUGGUGUGGACCGCAAACUUCGUGGCGUACCGCUGCCGGACCUGCGGCAUCUCGCCGUGCAUGUCGCUAUGCGCGGAGUGCUUCAAUAACGGCGACCACACGGGCCACGACUUUAACAUGUUCCGGAGUCAGGCCGGCGGGGCCUGUGACUGCGGGGACGGGAACGUGAUGAGAGAGAGCGGGUUUUGCAGUAGGCAUCGAUUAAAAACAGGAGAGAAUGUGCCGUCAGUCCCUCGGGAUCUGCUGCUCAUGUCUGAGAUGGUGCUGCCGCGGUUUAUCAUCACUAUCAUUCAGUACCUGAGAGACGGCUACACGGAGCCAGAGUCGGCCGCUGACAGAGAUCUGCAGAAGGUUCUGCAGCAGUUAGACCUGCACAUAUCCUUCUUAGAAGAGCUCACCAAGAUGGGCGGAGCCAUGCGCACUGUUCUCACCAAGAUCUUAACCAAUCAGCAGACCUUUAAAGAACUGAGCAUGGGUCAAGAGGAGAAUGUUUAUGCGAAGAGGAACUAUGAGAAGUAUUUGUCAGCACUGAAGAGUUCAGGUCUGUUGUCGGUGGAGGAGAAAGGAACAGGAGCUGGGGCUACAGACACCCCGGCUGGGGCAGGAGCGCUCAGUCUACUGGGAGCUACUGCUGCUGCCAGUCUGGAGGACUCUAGCAAAGAGGAGGAUCAGGAUGGACUGCAGGGUGUGGGCCAGAGGAAAAGAGUCAAGCUCAGUAGCAGUACCAAAGAUCCAUCCAUAAUGGACACCCUGAAACAUAAAUGUUUUUUAGAAGAGUUAUUGUUUUGGACUAUUAAGUAUGAAUUUCCACAGAAGAUGGUCACUUUUUUGCUCAACAUGUUGCCAGAUCAGGAUUACAAGAUCACUUUCACUAAAACAUUUGUACAACACUAUGCCUUCAUCAUGAAGACCCUCAUGAAGAGCCACGAGUCGGACACCAUGUCCAACCGCAUCGUUCACAUCAGCGUGCAGCUCUUCAGUAACGAGGAGCUGGCGAGACACGUCACAGAGGAGUGCCAGUUACUGGACAUCAUGGUCACUGUGCUCAUCUACAUGAUGGAGAGCUGCCUUAUCAAGAGCGAACUGCAAGAUGAGGAGAGUAAUCAUCACGUGGUGGUGAACUGUGGUGAAGCUCUGCUGAAGAAUAACACCUACUGGCCUUUAGUUAGUGAUUUUAUUAAUAUCCUCUCGCACCAAAGUGUGGCCAAGCGCUUCCUGGAGGAUCAGUCUCUGCUGCUGCCCUGGAUGAGUUUCGUCUCCUUCUUCCAAGGGAUGAAUCUGAAUAAGAGAGAGCUGAAUGAACACGUGGAGUUUGAGUCUCAGACGUAUUAUGCAGCGUUUGCAGCUGAGCUGGAGGCCUGUGCUCAGCCCAUGUGGGGUCUCCUGACACACUGCAAAGUCAAAGAGACCCAAGAGUACACUAAGACAGUGGUGCAGUACUGUCUGGAUACUCUUCAGAUGUGGUUUGAUGCCAUUGGGUUUGUAGAUGAGCCUGCCCUCAACCAGCUGACCUUUCAUUUACCUCUCCAUAGAUACUAUGCCAUGUUCCUCAGCAAGGGAGUGAAGUGUCAAGGUCUGGAUUUGGACAGUUUGCUUCCUGAUCAGGAGAUGCUUAUGAAGAUCAUGGUUCACCCUCUUCAGAUACAGGCUAGCCUGUCUGAGAUCCAUAGUAACAUGUGGGUGAGAAAUGGGCUGCAGAUUAAAGGCCAGGCCAUGACUUAUGUCCAGUCUCACUUCUGUAACUCCAUGAUUGACCCGGACAUCUACCUCCUGCAGGUGUGUGCAUCUAGAUUGGAUCCAGAUUACUUCAUUUCCUCAGUGUUUGAGAGGUUCAAGGUGGUGGAUCUGCUGACGAUGGCGUCUCAGCAUCAGAACGCAGUGCUGGACUCGGAGCAGGAGAGACCCAUGCUGGAGGGUGACCUAAUAUUAGCUCAUGUCUUUCUCUCUUUGUGUGUCAUUGCAGGAAUGUCUGAUGAUGAGAUUUUGAGAGCGGAGAUGGUGUCACAGUUGUGUAUGAAUGAUCGUACCCACAGUUCCCUGCUAGAUCUUAUCCCAGAGAAUCCGAACCCUAAGAGCGGUGUGGUGCCGGGCAGCUGUAGUUUUGAGGAGAUGCUGUCUGCUGUGGCUGAUUUCAAAGCCCCGGUGUUUGAGCCUGGAGGAUCCAUGCAGCAGGGCAUGUACACGCCGAAAGCGGAAGUCUGGGAGAAAGAGUUUGACCCUAUAAUGGUGAUUCUACGCACAGUGUACCGCAGAGACGUGCAGUCGGCCAUGGACCGAUACUCAGCAUUUUUGAAACAGUCAGGCAUUCAGACGGGGAACCCCUGGCCGCCCUAUAAGGAGAGGACCCCUCUGCACCCCUGCUAUAAAGGACUGGUGCGCCUUCUGCACUGCAAAACCCUACAUAUCGUCAUCUUUACACUGCUUUACAAGAUCUGGAUGGAUCAUCAGAACAUGUCUGAACAUGUGUUGUGUAUGGUGCUCUACCUGAUAGAACUUGGACUUGAUAAUCCGGUUCAGGAUGAUAAAGUGGAAGAAGAGCCCUGUAUUGAGGAGCACUGCCAUGACAGCUGGUUCCCGGGCACCAGCCUGCUGUCUAACCUCCAUCACGUCAUCAACUUUGUGCGGGUUCGAGUGCCAGAGACGGCACCUGAGGUGGAGCGGAAGAGAGAGAGGGAGAGAGAGCGAGAAACUCCAGCCAGCACCAGCUCUGAGAGCAGCACCUUCGGACAGAACCUGCGUGAAGCUCAGGUGUUCAGUCUAGUGGCGGAGCGCAGAAGGAAGUUCCAGGAGAUCAUAAACCGCAGUAACCACGAGGCCAGUCAGGCGGUGCGUCCCAAGUCCUCAUCCUCUCGCUGGCUGCCGCCCGGCUCGCCUCCGCAGCUGGUGACCGAGAUCCUGGAGAUCGGUGAGAGCAUGCUGUCUCUCCUGGUCAAGCUGCACCAGAAACUGUCUGGCAAGCAGAACUCUCUGUCUCUGAGCUGGCUGGCCGAGGUGGAUCCGGCCCAUCACGCGCACGGAGAUGGGUUAACAGCCAUAGAAAGGAUCCUGGCCAAAGCUGCCACCCGUAGCCGGCACAGCAAGAGGUGCCUACAGGAAAUCUGUGGGAAAGUGUGUCCACCCAUACCGCCCAAGAAGAACAGUCCUGGAGAUAAGAAGAGCAUGGACAAGGAAGAGAGGCGUCAAAGGGCCAGAGAGAGACAGCAGAAGCUGCUGGCGGAGUUUGCCUCCAGGCAGAAGAGCUUCAUGGAGACUGCCAUGGAUGUUGAGUCACCUGAAACAGAUGCCGUGAUGGACAUGGGCUCUGCAGAACCUCUGGACUCGGAGGUUCUGUAUGACUGUGUGAUCUGUGGCCAGAGCGGCCCGUCUACUGAAGACAGACCCACAGGACUGGUGGUACUGCUACAGGCUUCAUCAGUGUUGGGGCACCGUUGCCGUAGUGACACACCCAAGCGAUUGCCUAUUACGGAUGAGGAACAUAUCUACCCCGAGGACACAUGUGGAGCGACCCAUGAUGUUAGGCUGUCCCUUAUGCAACGCUACUUUAAAGAUAGUUCCUGUCUGCAGUCUGUGUCUAUUGGCUGGGACGGGGGGGUGUAUGUGCAGACGUGCGGCCACACCCUGCAUAUAGACUGUCACAAGUCCUACAUGGAGUCCUUACGGAACGAUCAGGUCCUUCAGGGGUUUUCUGUGGAUAAAGGCGAGUUCACCUGUCCGCUGUGUCGUCAGUUCGCCAACAGUGUUUUGCCCUGUCGUCCUGGGCGUGGGAUGGAGACGGGCGCCUGGCACGCGCCCAGUAACAAGAGCAUGUCCACACUGGUGAAGGAAGUGAAGGACCUUCAGGAACAGCUGGGCAUUUUCCCAGUGGAGUCAAAUCUGAGUAAAGAGAUGGAAUCUGUUAUAAAGGAUAUUAAAAACACCACACAGAAAAAAUACAUGGAUUAUGGGAAGAACCCAGGGUCACCUGACAAUGACUUCCUGUUCAUGUACUCCGUGGCCAGGACAAAUCUGGAGUUAGAGUUGGUUCAUCGUGGGGGGAAUCUGUGCAGUGGAGGGGCCAGUGCUGCUGCCAAACGCUCCUGUCUCAAUCAGCUGUUUCAUGUGCUGGCCAUGCACAUGCGUCUCUACAGCAUAGAUUCAGCGUACAACCCCUGGACCAGACUCACACAGAGCAUGCACAGCAGAGACCAUGUGUACUGUGAUGAUGAACGUCCUGAGGUGCCCAUGCUCUUCAGAGACGUCCCAUCCCUCCUCAUCAUCUUCAUCCUUACCAUGCCUCAGCCUUUACGCAAAGAGCACUUUACGUGUGUGGUGAAGGUGUUGUACAGUCUGCAGUACACACAGGCUCUGGCCGCUCUGUCUGUCAGAUUCAGCCGUGAGGAGAGACUCGCCUGGAGCAAGAAGAACACGCCAAACUCUGACAAAUCAUGGGAGUCGCUCCUGUGUCACAUGAUCUCUGAGCUGACGAAGGCCAAAGAUGUGUAUGACACAAACUCUGAGGAAACACUUGUGUUGAGCUCCAGUGUGUGGUCUCCUCAGUCCAUUGAGUUCAGCCUACAGCAGUUCUGUCUGCCCUUCCUGAGACUGUCCUGUUUACUGCAGCACCACCUGUAUGGAGACAGCUUACCCGGCUGCCUGGUGGAGGAGGAGUUCUCUCUGCUGGCCGGGUGUCUGGGUUUGGCUGGUUCUGCUCAGUCCAGUGCAGCGUGUCUGGAGUGGAACGUCAAUGCUUUGGAUCUGAUCAGUCAGUGGUGUUCAGAAGUCAUCGCUCUGUCUGAUACUCCCACCCAGCAGUCUGUGUCUCUAUUAGGUCAGGAUCCGCAGUGGGCCGCCCCUCGCCUCCUGCACCUGCCAGACAAUUACAAUACCAUCUUCCAGUAUUACCACAGGAAAUCCUGCACCAGCUGCGGCAAGACCCCCAAAGACCCUGCGCUCUGCCUGGUGUGCGGCGCGUUCGUCUGUCUGAAGGGUCAAUGCUGUAAACAGCAGGGCGUCUGUGAGUGUGUGCUGCACUCUCAGCACUGCGGAGCUGCGACCGGUAUCUUCCUCCUGAUUAACGCCUCGGUCAUCAUUAUCAUCCGAGGCCAUCGCUUCUGUCUGUGGGGGUCUGUGUAUCUGGACGCUCAUGGAGAGGAGGACAGAGACCUACGUCGAGGAAAGCCUCUGUAUUUAUGUGAGGAGAGAUACCGCGUUCUGGAGCAGCAGUGGGUCUCGCACACCUUCGACCAUAUCAACAAGCGCUGGGGUCCCCAUUACAACGGACUUUAACAGUACAGCCCACAUCCUGGAGAGGACAGGUCACAUGAUGUCAGUGGCAGCCUCUGUGACAUCCUCUGAUGAUUUCUGUCGUGUAAUAUAAAGAAAACCUGCAUUGAGUUGGCCACCGCCUGGGUUCAUGUGAAGUUUAGUGUACAAUCAAGCCUAUUGACUAACAGCGUGUGUGUGUGUGUGUGUGUGUGUGUGAGUGUGUUCAAAAGUGAUUUUUCGUGUGGAUUUAUAGGGGGAGAAUUUCGUUUUGUUCCAGCAAGCUCAAAGUGAAAGCACACUGAGUGAAUCUGUGUCUAGUCUGUUGGACGCACAAGUGGAAUAAUACUUCAGUUCUGUAAUGUUUGGAAAACUGAAAUAGUUUUUGAGGAGAGAGACUCUUGUAGGGAAAAAAAAAACAAAACCAUUUCGACCAAUGUUAAACAAAUCAUGUAUAGAUAUCAAAAUUAAUAUCAAAACCUUGAAUGCUGAAGGUACCAAGACUCUCUACAUAUCCACCCACCGCCCCGUGACCACAUCGUGCUGUUUGAGCUGAAACACAUCUCAUAAGACUGACUGUGGGUUUAAAGCAGGGUAUGAGACGAAAUAUCAACCGAUUAGAGCUAAAGUGAGAUUUCUCUCUGACUCGAGGUGUAGUUGCUGCCAUCCUCAGGAAUAUUAUUUAAUUUUUUUUAUUUUAUUUUUUUUGCUUGUAGUCUCAGAUAAAAGAUUUUAAUAUUUAAGAAGUGCUGCUAUUCAUUGUUUGAAUAAAGUAAAUUAUACCUUUGUAAAAUAUAUAUAUUUAUAUAUAUUUUUACAAUAUUCAUCUUUUUUUUUUCUAAUGGAGGCUCUGUUUUUGAUGGUGGUUGGGUUGUCUGUUUAGUUUAUUAUUAAAAUAUUCCCCUGCAACCUUGUAGCACACUUUAUUAAAUGGCUAGAGACAGAGCUAGUCUUUAUGUAAUGAUCUGCCGCCCUUUCCCUGAGAUAAAGUUCAUAAAGGUCAACUAAAAAUAUAUAAAACUUAAUUUUUUUUUUUUUUUUUUUUUUUUUUUUUUUUGGCAUUAAGAAAAUGAAGUUGGUUUUAGAAUAAAGAUUAUUUUUAUCAUUUUCACCACUAACACAAUUUGCCCCAAAUUCUUAUUACUGCAAACCAUCUUAAUGUGUUUUUCCCUUCAGUAGGUUCCUUUUUUUAAAAAAAAAAACUGUAAAGCGUGAGCAGAUGUUUAAUUUGUCUGUUAAUACAAUUAUGGUUCUAAAAAUCUGCUUCCUUUUUAUUUAUUAUUGCAAAAUAGAAUUUCUUUAAGGGUGAAAUAGUGAUCUGUGAAUAUUGACAGAUUUCCUGAGAUUCACCAAACUAUAGCCAAAGUAAUCUUGCCACACACCCACCUAGUCAGUUUUUACUCCGUUUUGAUUGUCUUUCAUUUAUUCUAAUUAAAUGAUAAUUCCUGGACUGGUGUCAGAUGGUCCAUAGGGGGCAGUGUUUGCCAUUACACUGAGCACUGGUUCAGCAAGUCACAUCAUACAGAUUCUCAGAGCCAUUUGAUGACUGGUCUGUUGGUAGCAACUGGCCGCCAGAGUUCAGUUUCUCCUCCUCUAGGAUUUUCCAGGUAGUGAAGUUUUCUUUUGUUUAAAGACAUUAUUAUUUAUGUUGUUGUGAUAUUUUGAUGCACACACCAUUCGAUAUCUUGAGUUCCUGAUCUGAAGUGUUCCUGAGAAAAGGGUUGUCACUUUGUUCUACAGCUUUGAACUCGGCCAGAUUGUGUAUAGAUCAUUUAUGCAAUAGAAUCAGACCACUGCAUAAAUUAUCUAAACAUGGAGGGGGGAGAAAAGAUCUGUUUUAAUGUUAUCAAAAAAAAAAAAAAGAGCGGGAAAAAAGAGAAACUUUACAAGAAAGGUACAUUACACAAAUAGUCAUUUAGCGAAGGCUAGUUUUCCAGUCCGAUAAAUGUGGUGUUCCUCAAAGCUCUGUCCUCGGACCAUCAUUGAUUGUGUAAUCUGUGUCUGUGGAGAGGGCAUUGUGUAUGCACAAGUUAAUUAUUUGAAAAUGCAUUAAACUGGAUCACAUCAAAUUGAAUAUUUCACCCCAGUGCAGUGAUGGACAUGUAUGGUAUGGCACACAAUUACUUAAUUUUAUGCAGCUCCUAUGUUACCAAGUGGUUUAAUUUUAGUACUCCCUCUUUUCAUCCUUGUCCCCUUAAAAAUUAAUAUCACUUUAACACAAAAUGGCCCCACUCUAAACCUUACAGUGAUCCACGAUGCGUGACCACAUUGAGAGUUCUUGGGGAAAAAAAUAAAAUAAAAUAAAUAAAUAAAAUUAUCCUAUUCUAUUUGUUGUAUAUAGAAAUUUAAUACACAAAUUUAGAUGAAGUUUGCAGUUCAUUUUCACAUUUGAUGUUUUGUAUGUCUAUUUUGGUUGUGCGUCACAAUCAAAAUAAUGACAUCAGUGGAGCCAUUGUAAUUAUAUUAAGUGCUAUUAUAGUGACACAUGCAACAUCCAGCUAUAUUGCGGGCAUUUUGCCUUUUGUUUGUCUCUUAUUGAAGACAGACAUGCACCCCCAACACAACACACACAUAUACGCAUAUUCAGACAUUUAAGCACUGAUUUAAAUAAAUAAAAAGCAUGUUUGAUUUGUAUUGAUCAGUUUGAUUGGUAAGUAUUGAUUAUCAUUGCCGCAUUAAUGCCAUGCUGGAGGGAAGAUGGUUUCGAUGCACUUGAAGUUUGCUUCUUUUCUUUAUUUUGUCUUGUUUUCUUGCAUGCUGCUGUUAUUUUUUCUUCUUUUUCUUUUUUUCCUAUUCUUUUCUUUGAGAGUUCUUUUCUCUCCUUCCCCACUUUGUAUAGACAGACAGUUGUGCUUCGUGUGAUGGGCAGAUGAUGCUGGUGUGUUCUCCUGCGGUGAAUGUUUGUCAGGCAGGCAGUAAUACAGUACAUUACUGUAGGUGCUGAUUCAGACUUUAUGAUGUCAUCUCAGAAAGGGUGACUUUUAAUGACAUUUAAUGCAAAAUGUAACAUAUGUGAAUAAAAUACACAGAUGCUCUGA